UCUUCCUGUCAGAAUGAACAUUUCUGCUUGGGGUUUGUUGUUGUUUUUAUCUGGAUGUUUCAUGCGCACAGAAAGUUUGAACACCACGUCGGACAGACUGUACAAAGACCUCCUAUCUCCAGACUACAAUAAAUACAUACAGCCUCUGUAUAAUGAGACUGCCGAGACAGACGUGGGCGUGUCCAUCGAUCUGAGCCAGAUCAAGGAAGUGAGUGAACAGAAACAAAGUAUCACCACUUCAGUCUGGAUCUCAGCCGUCUGGAGCGACUACCGCCUACAGUGGGACCCUCUGUUAUAUGAUAACGUAACCAAAGUCUUCCUGCCUCAGGCCAUGCUGUGGAAACCGGAUAUGUACCUGGAAAACAGUUUUGACGGUAGUGGGUGGAUAUUUGAUUACAAGGACAUGGCGAACUCUUUCGCAGCCUUAGAACACAGCGGAGCAGUCAUUGCUAUACAGUUUCAGCACGUGACCACCUUCUGCGACCUCAACGUUCAAAGGUUGAAAAAAUUGUCGUCGAUUAAGUGGCGUGCCUUUUAUGAUGACAAUACCAAUUAG